AUGGCGAUGGCAGAGCUGUACUUCGUUCUUCGUGUGAUUGUAAGUGAUGAUGAUGUAUGGAGAGAUCAGUUUUACAAUGGAAAUUUUAUGAAAGAACGAGGUAAGAUCUUAAACAUGUACUGGGUUUUUCAAGAUGAUUUUUUGUCUGUUGUGGUAUCUGAGACUGCACAACUUAUUGCCUUAUGGAUGUCUGUUGGUUUUGCUCAUGGUGUUUGUAAUACUGAUAACUUUAGUUUGUUAUCCAUUACAAUUGACUAUGGUCCAUUUGGUUUUAUGGAGGCCUAUAAUCCAGAUUUUGUACCAAACACAUCUGAUGAUGAAAAAAGAUAUAAAAUAGGAAAUCAAGUCAAUGUUGGGAUGUUUAAUUUACACAAGUUGUUGCAAGCUCUAAGCCCAUUACUGAAUCCUAGGCAAAAGCAGUUAGCUGCUCAGAUUCUUGACCAUUUCCCUGUUCUUUAUUAUAUAAGAUUUAGAGAAUUGUUUAAAGCCAAAUUGGGAUUGCUUGGAGAAAGGGAGAGUGAUGAUGAUUUAAUUGCAUUUCUCUUACAUCAUUUCUGGGCACUGAGGAAGAUUUCAGAGCACGAACUCUUUCCUGUCUGGGUGUCCCAGUACCUUUUGAGACUGGAGAGUAACACAAAUGACUCAGAUUCUAAAAGAAGAAAAAGAAUGGCAAGUGUCAAUCCUAGAUAUGUGCUGAAAAACUGGAUGGCAGAAUCUGCAGUGCAAAAAGCGGAAAUGAAUGACUUUUCAGAGGUCCAUCUUCUCCAGCAAGUUCUUCAGCGCCCUUUCCAGGAACAUUCUGCAGCUGAGAAAGCAGGCUAUUCCUCACCUACUCCUUCUUGGGCAAAAGAUCUCAGAGUUAGCUGUUCAUCUUAA